CAUAAAGCCUGAAGGACUGUCUCCUCCCCGAGAGAUCAAAUAUAUCAUACAGUGGGAGGAUGCUCUGGUCUAAGCACAUACUAUCUCAUUGGAACGGGCCAUGCCGCCCGGCCCGUUGGAGGAUGGUUGCCUUACCCUUCCAAUGCAGCCGACAUGGUGUGCAGGGGAGAGACACCGACCCAGCCCCAACGGGACAGUCUUGGGGCGCUCUGCUGCAGGAGGGAGGAUGUUUUGCUUCAUAAUUAAUCCCCAGUUUCCGUCGAAAGCCCAUCUUCGUUUGGUUCCCGUCAUGGCACCGAUGUUGGGCCACAUCCUCUCAGAUGUCUCUGACUUCGAAAAUGAACCAUUUUGAUACUAGUACCACUCUCGUUGAGCCGGAGCCGGCAUCCAGGACCUCUCGACUUUUAAAGGCCCUUCCUUCUGCGAGGCUCGGCAAAGUCUUUGGCCGACGGAAGAAGUCUCGUUCGGCUUCUAAAGAAGGAUCCAAGUCUCCGAAGGCAAAGCAGCAUGUCUCUCGGCCUACGAGUCCAUCCCAAUGUGGACAAGAUACGCCCUCGCCACAAGAGACCUCAAUUUCUGCCUGCCCAGAUGUCACAGUUGUCGCUGCUCCAACUCCUUCGUAUGAUCUAUGGGACAUCGCAUAUGAUGAGUUGCGCAAGGCAGACGGUAAACGUAUUCUGGUCGAGCGGUUCGAGAAGCUGUUGUCUUCUAAGCUCAAAACACUCGAAGAUAGGGAACCAGUGGAAUCGGGACACCCGGACAAUGGCACCAUCGACUCUGAAGAGAACCGCAUUUCCAAAGAACGGGAAGCUCGCCGCGGGCAGAUGAAAGAGAUCCUAGACAUGGGUCGAGAGAACAUGAGAAAACAGGCAUUAAAGCUCCGAGUGGGCACCUGGGAGGUCGACUUCAGAGACAAAGCCGAAAAGGCGGCAGGGUUCAUUGAAUGGUUCCAAAGUUGGGCCGGCAAGGCUUCCCAAGCCUCCCUUGAAUCGACCCUUGUUUGGGCCGCCGUCUCUUUGACAUUCCCCCUGCUCACCAACCCCGUUGACGCAAGACAGUCCCGCGACGAAGGCUUUAAGGAAGUGUUGGCGCUCACAAAGUAUUAUACCGCCCACGAACAUGAAAUCCUAGGGAGAUCUGGCAACAACAAAGAAGAACUCCGAGAGCGAAUUCUCAAGACAUAUAAGGCCGUCCUCGAAUUCCAAGUUCACAGCGCUCUCUGCUUUCAUAACAGUCGCUUCGAAAGGAGCAAGGAUUAUAUUUUACGACCGGAGAAGUGGAACACCAUGCUAGACACCAUCAAGAGUCGCCAUGAGGAGGUCAGGACUUUCAGUCAAACGAUCGGCUUGGCUGAAACUCUCGGCAAGUUGGACGAGAUCAAAGAAGAGGUUAAGGAUGUGCCGAGGCAGCUCGCCCAAGUGACCGACCUUCUAUGUCGGACACUCGAAGUGAACGAAGAGGCACUCGCACUCACCAGGGAAAAUAACCAGAUACAGAAAAGCCAGACCCCCUUGCUCAAGGAAAUUCACGAGGCGGUGGUCAUGAAACAGACAAAAGAAAUUGCCCGGUCCGAGGAGGAGGAGGAAAUCCUGAAACUUCUCACUAAAAAUCUCCCCUCCUACGGCACAAGUCCUGAGGCGAUCAAAGACCUCAUCCCCGGCUUGGUUGAAGGGACGGGUCGGUGGUUGCUUCAGAACGGUGACUACCAGCAGUGGUUGGCAGAGCCAUCCGGUCUGCUGCUCAUCUCUGGUAAUCCAGGAUGCGGGAAAUCCGUCAUUUCGAAGCACCUGAUCGAUCAUGCUCUCCCGGAUGCGGGUCACGCCACCGUGUGCUACUUUUUCUUCGACCAGCAUGAAAUAGCCCAAGCUCUCUGCACACUCCUGCACCAACUCUUCACGGCGAGGCCAAAUCUGCUCAAGCACGCGACCUCGGCCUACCAGCGUUAUCAAGACAUGAUGGCCACAAGGCCAGACGUCUUGUGGAAAGUGUUAGAGGAAGCCACUCUCAGCGAGGAUACUAGACCGGUGGCUCUUGUGCUAGAUGCUUUGGACCAGUGCCCAGAAGACAUAGCGGGAUUCAUCGGCCGGCGGUACAGGAGUGGGCGGCUCAAAAUCUCCAUAACCACCCGAGCCUAUAGCGCCAUCACCGCCGAAGUUGAGGCUUCACGUGGGGGCCCCCUUUACCGGAUAUUCGGGGAAUUAGGCGACAGCACCUCGAUCAUAUCUGAAGAAGUGGCACUCGUUGUGAAAAGCCAAAUCUCGACCCUUGGUAGUGCAUGGCCAGCCAAGGCGAAGGCGCGUCUUCAGGAGAAGAUGCUCCAAGUCAGGAACCCUACCUAUCUUUGGGUUCGACUCAUAUUCGAGGCCCUGCAGCCGAGAAGAGGUGGCAAUGAAUUCCUGCCCUCUUUGUCCAACAUCGAGAAGCUCAUCUCGAAACUGCCGCAGAGCGUGAAUGAGGCAUACGACAUGAUCAUCGACACCGCUGCCAACGAGGACGCGUUCAAGCCGAUUAUGGGGAUGAUCAUUGCGGCGAAACGACCUCUGACGGUGCGAGAGAUGAAUGUGGCCAUUCAUCUGUCUCCAUCCACAACCUCGUUUCAGGAGCUGAAGGAUGAUGUGAUUGAUCUGAUCGAUGACGAUGCCUUCGAGCACAUACUUAGGCAGUGGUCUGGACUCUUUAUCAUCAUUGAAAAGCGUAGGAUUUACUUUCUCCACGAGACCGCCAAAGAAUUCUUUACGAUGAUGCCGACAAGUACGUCGCCAAAGCCGUGCUUGAGGUGGCAGGGUUCGAUUAGCCUGAACCAAGCACACACUACUAUCCUGGAAGCUUGCAUGCGAGUGCUACUCUUGACCGACCUCCUAGAUGAGAGUGGACAACCAGAGCUGCUAGAAGGUGAGAGGCUACCGAAAAGAAUUCUCCUCGACGAGGUCUUUGUGCGUUUCCGGGAAUCGGAGGAUGCCGGAUUCCCCUUUGCCAUCUAUGCAUCUCUGAAUUGGACAGAGCAUGUCCGAGUGCUAGGGCCAGUCCCUCCUCCUCUCGAAUCAGCCUACGAACGCCUUUGCGACCUCUCAAAUGGACUCUGUCUCUCCUGGUUGAAUCUAUACUUGUAUAGCCGACUCUAUAUCAUGCUCGCCCCUAGCAACCUCAAUACGAUUAGCCUGAAAGCACUUAUGGGUCAUAGGACCCAGGUAAUGGAAGAUGUUAGGAAUGACAACUUGUGGUUGGACUUCUACACCCCAGAGUCCGAGUGUGAAGACUGUCUCGCUCAACCUCUCCCCCCUCUGCUUGCUGCCAUCAUGGGGGAGCAUCUCGAACUCGCGAAGGACCUCUUGGACAAUGGCGCCAACCCUAACCAAACCUUCAUGAUGUAUAGCCCGUUAGACUGGAUCAUGGAAGCGAAUUCAUCUGCCAUGCGUGGCUUGAUCCCGCACCUACUCCAGAAGGGGGCUAGCACGACUCCGGUGUCUCUCCCCGGCUAUGAUUCACUUCCGUGCCCAUUAUAUGUUGCGGCAAAGCGAGGCACGGCCACAGUGGCCGAGACUUUGCUUGUUCACGAGAAGUCCAUCGGAUCGGCAGACCCACUCUCGAUCAUAGAUCCCUGCUGGGGCCAGACACCGUUCCACGUGGUUUCGAAUCCGGAGACGAUGAAGGUUUUGCUCCAACACCGAGUCGACUCGCCGUUGGUGAAGGACGAAAAGGGUUAUACGCCAUUGGCAACGGUGUGCGGAGUAGAAUUAAAGAAAAUGCUACUGGAAGCAUGCCACAGUGAGAUCACCCAAGCACAACUUCGACAAGCCCUUGAUAGGGCAUGCAAUGCCGCUGAAGUUGCGCUCCUAUUCGAGUACGGCGCUGAUUCGAGGACCAAUGGCACACUGCCACUUCUCUCUGACCUCUGGGAUUCUUCCUGGCCUCAGUCGGCUACGUCACAGGUGGAAAUGCUCCAAAAACUCCUAAAGCAUUGCGACCCGGAGGCGCGGAAUGAACUCGGAGAAACUGCUCUUCUCAAGUAUGUUUCAGUCGGCGGCACAGAGGUCGUUGUGAAAGGACUGCUUGCCCAUGGUGUCGACGGCAGAGCGACGGAUUGCCAUGGAAGGACUGCCCUUCACCUCGCCUGUUCCAGACAGAGUCCAUCGGUUUCAGUCGUACAGCUAUUGUUGAACAAUCUUCCCAAGGAUACCUUGAGUGCUCGAGAUCGGUACGGACGGACUGCAGAACACUACGCCCGCGACCAGAGCCAUAUUGAACUCGUCGAUCUCCUGGUAAAAUACGGGCUUGAUAUCGAAGCAGUGGCCAGCGACGGAAGAACACCGCUGCCGUGCGCUAUUUCGUCCUAGCUGGACGCCGAAAUGAAGACAAUCUUCUUGCUUAACCAGGGCGCGAUUUUGAAGAUUGGCGACAAUGAUGGUAAAACGUCCCUAUACUGGGCACUGAAAUGAUACAAUGCGCUGUCAAGCGGGUUGUUAAAAAGACUACUUGCCCUGGAUGCACAGUAUGCUGACGGAAACACCUCCGACGAAGACUGCAG